AUGGCGUCGGAAACACCCGCCGGCGGUCGGCUUGAGGAUCGCAUUUCUCGAGAAGAGCCCAAAUCGGAUUCUGCUGCCACAUCUGCUCUUUCCGAGUCUACCCCUACAAACCAAUUAGCUGCUACGGAGGCCACAGUUGCGGGUGCCCAAACCGAUGGAGCUUCCGCAGACUUUGGAGGAUCUCAGCUGCAGGAGCCAAACUACUCAGUCAAUGUUAAGCUGAGUGACCUGCAAGCUGACCCAAAUAAUCCACUAUACUCAAUUAAAAGUUUUGAGGAACUUGGGCUCCAUAAAUCUAUCCUCGAAGGUCUCCAUGCCAUGAGCUUCCGUCGACCGUCUAAAAUCCAGGAGAAAGCUCUACCACUUCUCCUAAAUAAUCCCCCCGCCAACAUGAUUGGGCAAUCGCAAUCAGGUACAGGGAAGACUGCUGCAUUCGUCCUAAAUAUAUUAUCUCGCCUUGACCUGUCUCCACAAAUGGAGCUUGUGCCACAGGCUUUAGUACUCGCACCCAGUCGUGAGUUGGCCCGCCAAAUUGUCGGGGUCAUUCAGGUUAUGGGCUCUUAUGUCGAAAAGUUAAAGGUCGCUACGGCCGUCCCUAUGGAGUCCAAUCGCAAUCAGAAAAUGGAAGCUCCUGUUGUGGUGGGCACCCCAGGAACCGUGAUGGAUCUCAUCCGGAAAAAGUUAUUUAAUACCCAACAUUUGAAAGUGCUCGUGCUGGACGAAGCAGAUAACAUGCUUGACCAACAAGGCUUGGGUGAUCAGUGUAUUAGGGUUAAAGGACUACUUCCAAGAACUGUUCAGGUUGUGCUCUUUUCAGCCACUUUCCCUGACCACGUUGUUCGUUACGCCAACAAAUUUGCCCCAAAUGCCAACCAGAUCACUCUCAAACAUGAAGAGUUGACGGUUGAGGGCAUUAAGCAGCUCUACCUUGACUGUGACUCGGAUGAGCAUAAGUUCGAUAUUCUAGUGAAGUUCUAUGGCCUUCUUACCAUUGGGUCUUCCAUCAUAUUUGUGAAGACCCGGGCCUCAGCAGCUGAGAUCGAACGACGAAUGGUAGCCGAAGGGCACACCGUAGCGUCCUUGACUGGUGGUGUUGAAGGGCAGAAACGUGAUGAGAUCAUUGACAAGUUCCGUCAGGGUGAAGCUAAAGUUCUCAUUACCACCAAUGUCCUGGCUCGAGGAAUCGAUGUGCAGACCGUAUCGAUGGUCAUCAACUAUGAUAUUCCCGAGCUCCACGCUCCACAAGCCACCAAGCGUAUCGCUGAUGCCCAGACAUACCUGCACCGUAUCGGUCGUACCGGACGCUUUGGUCGUGUUGGUGUAGCCGUUUCCUUCGUUGCCAGUAAGGAAGAAUGGCAAAUGCUGCAGGACAUCAAGAGCUAUUUCAACACCGAUAUCCAGCGGGUGGACACUCGCGAUUGGGAUGAGGUCGAGGCCGUGGUGAAGACAAUUAUCCGCAGUUCCAGGGCUGGAACCAACUUCAAUGCGCUUAACUCCCAAAAGGAGGCUAAAUGA